AUGGCGGAUGGUUCCGAGGAGCCAUACAGCUGCAAGCUGGUAGCCACCAAGGACGGCCACGAGCUCAUUGUGUUCUUCAGAUGGCGAGAUACCAGCUUUGACCUCACAGUAGUGGACCGAGAGCAGCGCGCGUGGAGCCGGCAAGGCUGCACCAAGCCGCCCGGCAUGGCCAUGGCAGAGGCGGCAUGGAUGGCGGCAGCCCGCGAAGCCCUGGGGUCACACGCACCAGGCGUGGCCUACGUCUUUGAAAGCAAGCCGCGUGGGGAGGCGUGCCUGGAGCUGCGCUGGAGCUGGCGAGACGCGGGGCUGCGCAGCACGCGCGUCGCCACCUUGCUGCUGGACCUGCUGCCAGAAGCGCGGCCCGAGCUGUGGCGCAUGCAGCGGCUGCUGGCGCUGUCACAUUCGCAGCUGCAGGGCCGCGUGGAGGCAGUCGCCGCCGAGAACGACCGCCUCCACUCGCAGCUGGAGCGCCUCAACCGGGAGCUGCAGGGGCAGGAGCGGGCGCGGCAGGCCAAGGAGCAGGAGCUCUUCAUUAAGUUUGCGGAGCUGCUGUCGCGGCAGAAGGCGGCGGCGCGCGACAUCGCGCGGCGGCUGGAGCUGGCGGAGCAGGAGCUGGCAGACACGCAGCGCGUCAAGGAGGAGGAGGAGGAAGACACGGAAACCAGUGGCGACAGCAGCCCCGAGCACUCGGGCGCGGCUGACGGCGACGAAGACGGCGCCUUCAGCCGGGAAACGGCGUCUUACGGCGGCAGCGACAGCGAGCAGCAGCAGACGGGCAGCGGACCGGACGACGGCGCCGGCCCCGCAAACGCGCACGGCGGCGCCGACGAAGCAGGGGUCGACGGCAUUAACAGCGGCGACGGCGGCGCGCAUGGGGCCUUGGCGCAGCGGCUGCAGGAGCGACGCCGGGCCGCUGCAUCGGCCGGCAGCGGCGGCGCAGGGGGUCCCAUUAAGGAGGAGCCACCCUAUGAAGCCCACGACGGAUCGGUGUUUGGCCCCCGGGGUGCUGCGACGAGGGGCAGCGGCAGCCCCGGCCGCGAGGUGGGCUCGGGUGAUGGCGUUGACGGCGGCGACGGUGGCGGGGGCGGGUACACGCAGGCGAUUGCCGCCUACCAAUACGGGGGCGGCCCGAGCCCCAACGGCGGCGGCGGCGCGGAUGAGAUGGAUGUGGACGGCGGCGGCGGCGGCGAUUCAGGCGCCCACGUUGGGGCGAGCGGCGGCGGCGGCGGCGUGAGGGCAGUUGGCCGCCCCGGCAGCCGCGGGACGCUGCCAAUCGAGGCCAUGGAUUUGGAAUUCCGCACGCACAGCGGGGGGCAGGCAGGGCCGAGCGGCGGCGCCGCCGCAGCUGCAGCGGCAGCCUCGGCGCAGCAGCAGCGGUAUGCAGUGGCAGGGCCCUUGAGCGGCGCCGACGGCGGCGGGAGUCCGGCGGCGGGGGCGGGGGCGGGGCAGGAGGAGAAUGACAGCCUGGGGCUGGCGGAGUUGGCGGGCGGGCAGCCGGCGGGGGGCGGGCCGCUGGGGGCCGAGGCCAUCAAGGUCAGAGCGCGUCGCCGGGGCAAGUGA